GUGUGUGUGUGCAUGCUUGUUUAUGCAUCCAAGUGAGGGUGUGUGGGCGCAAGAGCUUCUGUGUGUUUCUGUACAAUGUGUGUGGGUGGACAUGUGGACUGGUAAAUUGGAUGGUAGGAAAAUAGUCCUUUGUUAUGGCAGAUAUACAUAGCCCACUGUAAUAAUGGUGUGUGGUGUGGUGGAAGUUUAGAAGAUAACAAUCCUAUGUGCUGCUACUGCUGUCAACGUAGCUCAGAGCAGAGUAACUGUCCUUGACUGAAAUUGCAGGCAGAGCAAACCUGGGUAAAUAUGAAAAUCACAUGGGUUGCAGUGGUUCCCACAUGCUGGUCCCACAAUGGAAUAGUGGGUGUGUUUGGGUUGGGCUUCCAGCAGCAUAUUAUUAAUGUAAUGUGGCUCUUUCACCUUUCUCUCCUCUCUCCUGACAGAUCAUUGCAUAUCAGCCCUAUGGGAAAUCAGUGGACUGGUGGGCUUAUGGGGUUCUCCUCUACGAGAUGCUAGCAGGACAGCCGCCGUUCGAUGGAGAGGAUGAAGAUGAGUUGUUCCAGUCCAUCAUGGAGCACAACGUGUCCUACCCCAAGUCCAUGUCUAAGGAGGCUGUCGUCAUCUGCAAGGGAUUCAUGACCAAGCACCCAUCAAAGCGUCUAGGCUGUGGUCUGGAGGGCGAGAGGGACAUCCGGGAGCAGGCCUUCUUCAGACGUAUCGACUGGGACCGCCUCGCCAACAGAGAGAUCCAACCACCAUUCAAGCCUAAAACGGGUGGCAAAGGAGCAGAGAACUUUGACAAGUUCUUCACACGCACCCAGCCCAUGUUGACCCCUCCAGACCAGCUAGUCAUCGCCAACAUUGACCAGAGCGACUUCGCUGGUUUCUCCUACAUCAACCCACAGUUCAUCCACCCUUCGCUCCUCCACAGUGUGGUAUGAGGGGAUAGAUCAGGGAGAGGAGGAAGAGAGAGAAAGAGGUUGGUGAGAGAGCAAGAGAGAGAGAGAGAGAGGAGAGAGGGGGAGAAGAGAGCCAUGUGGACUGGGACUGGGACAGCAACCCUCCAGAUUGACCACCAAUCCCCUAUUGUCACUUUGUCAAAGAGACUAAUAUUAUCUUCAUGUGUUCUCUGGACUUCAGUCGGUGACAUUCUGUAAACAAGCUGUCCGCGAACGAUCUCAAUUGGAAUUUGUCUGAUGCAAUGGAGGGGGUAAGGGAGGGGGGAGGGGUUGGUGUACAGGGGAGUAUGUCUAUCUGGUGAUUGAGCGCAGUAGUCAUGGAUACAUUGAUUUGAGAAGUAGGCCUGCAGUAAGCGUUGACAGUACAGUAAGCGUUGACAGUACAGUAAGCGUUGACAGUACAGUAAGCGUUGACAGUACAGUAAGCGUUGACAGUACAGUAAGCGUUGACAGUACAGUAAGCGUUGACAGUACAGUAAGCGUUGACAUGAAUUGCACACUGUUACCAUGGGGAACCCUUUAACUCUGCAACCUACUGGCCUAACAUUCAGGAAUGGGUUCCAUGUUUUCCACAGUUCCAGAACCUCCUACUUGCUCUAGAACCUAGAGCCAAACCCUACAGUACCUUCCUGUCCGGAAGUUGUCUGUGGGACUACAUACAGUAUCUCAUGAUUCCUCAGUGUGUUGCUAUGGAUAGUAAAAGAGCACUCCCUCCCUAUGAAGCAUGAUGGAACAUACCCUCCUGUCCCUACCUUUCCUCUCUCUGUUGUACCUACUGUACUGUACUGCCAUUUCUAAACAGUCUGCUACACCACAUUCUAGAUUAUAUUUAUAUACCUACAGAGAAGAGAGGUCUAUUAUCUACUGUUACACGAGUGCCAAAAUAGAGGUGAAACAAAUCAUUUUAUUCCAGUACAUAUCUAUAUAAACAUAUACUAUCUACAGCGUCCUUUUCUUACGAAAUUCCUAUAGUCAACUAUGAUGUCUUUCCUUGUGGCGAAGCCGUCAACCCUUCUGAUGGUGUCAGCACGCUAAACUAAGCUCAACACCAUGUUUCUCUGGCAGUUUUAUUACUAUACUCCAAACCGUUACCGAAUGUUUACAAACCGCUAUCAAACGUUUACAAAACGUUACUAAAAUGUAACCCACCAAGUAUAGCUGUGUCUAACCUAGUAUGUUGUUAAAGAACAGCUUUUAGGUCCGUAUGAACAGUUGACUGAUGAAACAAUGAUGAACAUUUAAAGAUGGUGUCCAAUUUUAUUUUUGGUGAAAGCACCGGUACCAAUUUUCUCAGAGUUAUUUAGGAGAAUUUAUGAGCAAGACUGAAUUGAGGAUAUGGUUCUGUUCAUAAGGUUUGCAACAACAUGUAACUUGGUAUUCCGGACUUCUAUUUAUGGGGGAAAAUCUUGAACUGAGGUUCAUGAGAAGAAGAUGUUUUGAUUUUACUACUGAAAAUGCUCUUUCCAUAUGCACAAUGCAGUUCUCGGUUGCAUGCUUAUUUCCUGAUUAUGAAAAAGUGCUAGAUGACUUUCUAGGGGAUGCAGCACACUUCUGAUAUUUAUCAUUGUAAAACCAAGUAUUAUGAUAUUUAUUGAUUCAUUCAUUAUUGUCUGUAUGAAAGUCCUACCCCACUGAAAAGUUGAAUGAGAUUCAGAGAAUAGAUUUUUUUGUUACUUAUUAAACAUAUUCCGUAUGUUUCCCUCUAUACUUUUCUGUCCAGAGAGAACAUUGUUUACCCUAUUUGUCGACCAUUUUGUAGAUAUCGAAAGAGCUUUUUCAAAAACAGAAAUGACUCGCAGAUUUUAUACCACGAACUGAAUGUGCUUUUACUACCUUAGAUGGGUUAAACAUCUCUGUUUAGAUGACUAUCCCAAAAACACAUGACGUUUGGCUGAAUCUUUGGUAGCUUUGUUAUCAGCGAAACCUUGUAAUAUGUAUUUUCUCUAUUUAUCCACAGUUUGUUUUUGACUAUUUUACAGGUAGAGUCCAAGAAAUGACCUUUGCACAAAAAGCAUCGCAGAAAUUGCGAUGAUCAAGACUCAAGACUUCACUCUCACAAAGUCACCCACAGUAUCUGUAGAUGGGUUCCCUUCACGCUCUUACAACGUAGUAGCCACUGGACCAAAACUGACCCGCACUCUCAGUGUGUUGCAGAGAUUGACCCACUAUGCCAUUUACUUCGCUGACUCUACCUUUAAUGUUUAACAGACGAUAUGCAGUAUCUACAGUAUGUGUGACUGUGGCGCGUGGUCCCUGGUCGAAUACACUCCUACUCCUAGCCGUGGUUUCUCUUCUAUCAGAGGCAGAAGUGUGUUUUCUGGCUUUCGCUGUGUGCAUGUGAGGGUAAGGCUUGAUCUAAGCAUGAGAGAAGGCAUGAUGCAUGUUAACACAGAUCCCCAGGUGUACAGUAGGAAGUUCAUGUGUCACCAAGCAUCACAGUGAGACACACACCUGUCCCGCUAGCCCCUCCCACUACACUGCUCUCCUCUUUCUGUUCUCCUCUUCUCCACUUGUUUAUUGGUUUGUCUUAGUGUUCAGUCUCCUGACUCAACCAAGUUCUAAAUUCAGUCAGAACUCACAUCUAAGCCAUGGACACAAUGAUUUGAAUUUUCUGUCUCUUCUGUUUUGGUUGUGGUUAUGCAGAAGUUCUCUUUCUGUGCCAGACUGUGAACCUACAUAUUGAGAGAUCAACACAGAACAAGCACAGGAAGUUCAAUCAGACACAACUGAACUGCCAAAGAAUAAAGAAACGUUGGUCUAUUGUUUAAUACACCCUGACCACAAAGACACAGUUGUUUUGGCGUUUCAGCCUAUUGCCAAAUGUCUUGCAUUUAGCCCGUUUCUGUUAGACAAAGGUAUUUGUAGCAUGUCCUUGAAAUGUAGCUGUUCAAUGGGGAUGACUACUGAAACUACUGACGACUGAAAUUAUGUUAACAUGUAACUUUGAUUCCAUUUAUUAUUAAAGUGUCCCAUCUGGACCAAAUGGACCUAUUAGAAAUAAGGGGAACCAUAUGGUUACACAACAUUGCUGAUGAGACAAACUGAGAAGUAUUUCAUUGAGUCAGGAUCUUAUCUGUCCAUCUAGAUAUUAUGUUUUACUUCAAAGAUGUGGAGGUUUCUUCAUGGAGAAUAUAGCACUCUCUAUAGAACUUAUCAGAUACUAGUGGGAAAGAGAGGCUAACCAUAGUUAGCCCUGUGAAUGACAUCUCACAUUGAGAAUCUAUGUCUAGUGGGUGGGCGGUGUUUGGGCUACUCUAGACACAAAACCUCCGAGCAGUAUGUACUUUUAGGAACUACAAUCACUUGCAGUCAUUAUUUGAAUCAUGGCGAUCAUGGGACCACAACACAGGGAUGUUUUGUAUGCUUUAUUUUCAUUUCACUCUCCUUGCUUUUGUUUGUCAAGUUCUCCCAAGUCCCUUUGCUAACUGGGGUAUAAAGGAUACUGUGUAUGAAUAAACCAAUGAAAAUGCAAUCUG